AUGAGUCAACGGACUGUGCGAGUAGCUCUUCUGCUCUGCGACACGCCUCUGCCGGCGGUAGUUGCUGAGUUCGGGACAUAUCUCGAGAUCUAUACCAACUGGCUCAAGACCUCUCUGGCCUCCUACCCAGACCAGCAAGUCGCCAAAGGCAUCAACCUCAUCGUCGACGGGUACGAUGUGGUCACAGCUAUGGAGUACCCCGACUUGUCGCGCCUCCAACCGGGCCAUCCAGAGGCGUACGACGUCAUUAUGAUGACCGGCUCUAAACAUACCGCCCACGACAUGUCGAAUCCCUUCGGCCCCCGCCUAAUCGACUUUAUCCGCAAAAUCGGUACAUCGCCAGAAACGGGCCAUAUACGGCUGAUAGGCGUAUGCUUUGGGCAUCAGAUCAUCGCGCUGGCGAUGGGUGGGGAGUGCGUGCCUGGGAAGAAUGGCUGGGAGGCGGGGGUGUAUAGGAACCAGUUUGUCGGGGAGGGAAGGUACUGGUGGACUGGGGAAGUAGAGGGACAAGGGGGAUCGGACUGCGUGUACAUUGAACAGAUGCAUCGAGACUACGUCUCCAGACCUCCACCGAACUUCUCCAUCCUCCUCAAAACCGACCGAUACGCUAAUCACUCCAUGGUCCUCCUCCACCCCACCUCGACACCUGAUCAACCAAUAGCCCACAUGUUGACAGUACAAGGACAUCCAGAGUUCACGCCGCAGAUCGUCAACCACAUGUUGGAUGUAAGGAUACCGGGCGGAGUGUUCAGCCCGGAGGAAGGGAAGGAGUCGAGGCGACGGGCAGGGGGUAAGGACGGGAGCGGCGGUGAGGGGUAUGGGAGAGUCGGGUGGGCUAUUUGGAGAGUCAUGCUCCAGGAGAUCCCGAGGAGCUAG